GAUGAUGAAAUGAUGAACAUCCUUAUUUCUGCAAGUCAUUCAGUAGACGAGACGCCAGGGACAUCAAGACAAGAGGAAGGAGUGGAUGUAGCUGCGAAUUUCACGAAUGAAUGCAAACCAGCUACAUGUACCAAUUACACGAGUCAAAAGAAGAAGAAGUCAAUCUCCGAGGAGCUCCAGGAGGCUCAACUUCAGUUCUUCAUUUCCCAGACAGAGAAGGUGCAACUACAGAAACUGCUCAUAAAGGAAGAGAUAGAAACUUCAAAAACCAAGCGUCUGCUGAUGAACAAGCUCAUCACCUCCAUAGAGAAUAAAGACGAAAUUGGAAUGUUUCAGUUCCUCGUUGAUGAAUAAGGUCACACAGAGUAUCAGAUGUUCAUGAGCAGAAUUUCAUAAAAAACGACGGCACC